GUGACGCGAGUUAUAUCGCACGAGUCGGCCAUCAAAUCGGUUCAAUGCAUUCAGAAUCCGGUGAAUAUGUCUCAGAGUGUGUCCGCCGGUAACGAGAGUUCCGGUACGGCUGGCGAAGAGAAACGUAAUCUAUUGAAUCAGAUCUACGCCCACCACACCAUUGUCUAUCACCCGAACCUAUUGGACGAUCCGGAACUGAUCGCCGGCAAACACAGCACUCUUCUCGCUUUUCCAUCAUUUGUGACCUCAAUCAUAGACUACGUUAAGCCGACGGAUCUGAAGAAGGAGUUGAACGACAAAUUCAAAGAGCGGUUCCCAUAUAUUCAGCUCACGUUAAGUAAACUCCGAUCACUGAAGAAAGAGAUGUCCAAAAUAGCCAGACAUGAGUGCGGAAUCGAUUUCCUGACUAUAGCUCAGGCGUACGUAUACUUCGAGAAACUGAUACUGAAAUCGUUGAUCAGUAAACAGAACCGCAAACUGUGUGCCGGCGCUUCCGUUUUUAACUGCGGAAUCGAUUUCCUGACUAUAGCUCAGGCGUACGUAUACUUCGAGAAACUGAUACUGAAAUCGUUGAUCAGUAAACAGAACCGCAAACUGUGUGCCGGCGCUUGUCUUUGUUGCGGAAUCGAUUUCCUGACUAUAGCUCAGGCGUACGUAUACUUCGAGAAACUGAUACUGAAAUCGUUGAUCAGUAAACAGAACCGCAAACUGUGUGCCGGCGCUUGUCUUAUACUGUCCGCCAAACUCAACGACGUUAAGGGAGUCGAUCUCAAGACAUUGAUUGAGCGAAUAGAGUCUGGCUUUCGGCUCAACCGAAAAGAGCUCAUUUCGAUGGAGUUCUCAGUAUUGGUUGCGUUAGAGUUUUCACUACAUUUGCCAAACAAGGAAAUCAUUCCCCACUUUCAGCGUCUUCUAUACGAAUCAUAACCGCUAUUAUUAUAAUGAUAUACAAGAAGAAUGUGAAGAAUAUUCUGUAUAUUUCACACCAAACAAAAACUCGUAUAUUUAACGAUACAACCAGUUGUCCGAUAGGCACCGCUCGACACACGUUGUGGUUUGUCUGUGCCGUUCUUCAGCCGAUGUCAUCCGACGACUAAUUAUUGCUAUUAUUUAUUACAAUUAUUUGAGAAUAUAUUUUUGUUGUGCAC